AUGUUUCUUCCAAAAACGUGUCUUUAUGAAAAUAGACAAGAAUCUGAUGAUGUAACUGAUGUUAACAAUCCAAAUAGAUAUAAUCUUCAUCGUCAUAUUAAAGAUCACUUUCAACCGAAAAAUCUUAUAAAACCAAAUUCUCCUGGGUCGAUUGCUUUGCAUGCAAUUAUUGGAGGUUUGAAUGCAAUUCGAUUUGGAGUUGCAUUUGGUGGAUUCUCUUUCUUGUGGAAAUUGAUCAAUAAUUCAUUAAGAUACUAUAGAGGAAAAGAUGAUAGAUGGAAUGGGUUGAUUGCUGGCUCAGUUGCCGGUAUAUCUAUUAUGGCAGAAAAAAGGGAAAGAAGGAACACUAUUGCACAACAAAUGAUCGUUCGUGCAAUUCAAGCAUUGUAUAAAUGCGGUCGCUCACGUGACUAUGUGCACAUUCCGCACAUAGAUUCUAUAAUGUUUAUAUUGGCUACUGGUCAAGUAAUGUACGCGUAUACGAUUCAACCAACUACGAUACCACCAGAUUUUCUAAACUUUAUGAUCAAAACGGCACGUGUUCCCCAAGAGACAUUAGAAUUGAAUCUAAAUAUUGUGCAAGGUAAUCCCCUAAAGAUAGAGGAUGCAUUAAAAAUAUUAGAUAAAUAUAAAGGAACAAAACAUGCCUAUGAGGUUGUAUCAAAAUUACCACCUUUUCCAACAGUUAUUCCUUGUGAAAUCAUACAUCCACAAUUUGACUCGUGUUUAGUUACAGACAUGGAAAGAUUUUAUCAAGCAUUCAAAAGAAUUCUACCAGUUUACGCUACACUAAAUUUUGUGCCGAUGAUAGCAUUUAAAUUUAACCAAUUUUUCAAAAAUCCCAUCCCGUUAUUACGCAAGAGUACACUAAAUACUAUUCGUUCAAGUACAUUUUUGGCAACCUUUGUAUCAAGUUAUUUAACACAAAUAUGUGUUCAUCGUAAUCUUGUGAAAUCCUUUGGAUUAAAAUUAAAUACUAAAUAUAUAUAUUGGAUGACAGGAUUGAUAAGUUCUUUGGCAAUACUCAUCGAACAUAAAAGUCGAAGAAGUGAUUUAGCAUUAUAUGUUGUUCCAAAAGCUGCUGAAUCAUUAUAUAAGAUUAUGUAUCAGAAUAAUUGGAUAUUUGAAUUACAUAAUAAGGCUGAAUUAUGGUUUUUUUCAGUCGCCAUGGGAGUUAUAAUGUAUUAA